AUGGCAGCCGGCGUCAUACAGAACCUGAGCAAAUUUCGGCUGCCUGCGGCCUUCCAGCAUUCAUUCCUGCCCGCUGCCACCUGCCAUGAGAUGGUUUUCCAAGACUCAUCCGAGGAGGAAGAAAUGGAGGGGGAAGAGGAAGAAGACGACGAAAGAGAAGGUAUGCAACUAGAGGACAGUCCACGAAGCCUCAGUCCGGGUCAAGGGGGAUGGGUGGCCUCAGACAAGCCCAGUUUGAGCAACUCGGACAUGACCCUGCAGCUCCUCCAGUUCGCAGAACGCAUCAGCGGCGACAUCCAGAGGUAUUUUGGCAGGAAGGGCAAAGACGAAGACGGGGACCCACGCAACAUCUACGACGACCGGGGCGCCCCACUGCUGUCGGGACGGGUCUUGUACUACACGGACCUGGUCAGGAUUUCUCAGAGCGGGGAGCCGGAGGAAGGGGAUGAGUUUUCGGACACCCUGAAGACCCCGGCGCAACUGGAUCCACCGCUGUGGAGGUGCCUCUGUGGCAAAGAUGGGACAAGGAAGCUGGGGCCUCUGGCCGAGCUCUUUGAGUACGGCUUGUGCCGGUACAUGGAGUGUUGCGCCUCCUCAGAAGACAGGAACCCGCGGGUGGAAAGGAAGUACGCCCACGUCACCCCCAUGCAAAGCAGGAAGCUUCCCCAGUCCUUUUGGAAGGAGCCGUCCCACAGUCCCAUAGGUAUCCUCAACAGCAACCCUCCAGAUUUCAGCGACCUUCUGGCCAACUGGACGUCUGAAACCAGUCAGGAGGGACUUCUAGCCAGCCGAGAGCUCGCGAGCGAGAUCCACCGGCGGGCGGUGGACAUGGACCAUUUCAGUGGCGUAUGA